AUGGUCGACCAUUCGACAUUUCGUUACUUUUUGGAGAAGCGUUAUGGCACGGAUCCAGGAGGAUGUCGGCAGUUCUGGCACUUUUUGGUGGACAAAACCGAGCCAUUACGCGUACCUGAGAAGGCGCCUCUCUGUCCGUUCGUUGGUGAUCUAGGUAAUGUGGUGACUGAUGCCAACGGUAGGGCUCUUAUUAAUUUUACCGACAAACGAAUCGCCCUCGAUAAUGAGCGCAAUAUCAUCGGACGCUCACUCGUUGUGCACGCCGAUCCUGACGAUCUCGGAAAGUGUGGAAAUGAGUUGUCCUCGAGCACCGGAAAUGCUGGCGCACAGGUCGCCUGCGCCGUUAUUGGCCAUGCUGCACCCUUGUGA